AUGCGUAGUAGUUCAUCACGUUCUAAUUUUCAAAGGCAACGUAGCCCACAACAUUCAGCAGCAGCAGCAGCAGCAUCAGAACAUCAAAACAAUGAACAACGAUAUACAAGACAACGAUUCAAUGGACCAAAUAAUAAUGGUGAUGGUGAUGAAAAAACGGAAAAAUUUUUAGCCAUGCAAAUAUUACAAGCAAUUUUGUUUACCACAAGAACCAGUUUUCUAAUCUAUGAUCUUCUUCAUGCAAUCGUGCAUAAAGUAAUACUUUAUGAUCGUCUUGGCCGACUGUUUGGUUCAUCGCCAACAACAUCGGAAAAAAUCUAUACAAUCAGCCUAUUUAUGAUUGCAAUGUUUUUGAUUUUAAUGAUUGUUUUUACAUUUGUCUAUAAUUAUAUGCUUGUACAUGAAAAUUUUUAUGGCAUCACAGUAAUGGCCAUAUUUUUGGUUGCCGUACUCGUUUAUAAUCUGGCUACAUUUGGUCAAUAUUCCAUAAUGGAAUCAUCGAUUAUUUGUUCAACAUCGGCUAGUGAAAUUUCCGGUUUAUUAUUUUUACUUACAUUGAUAAGACAUAAACAAGCGAUACGUAUUGAAAAACAAUUGGAACAACAACGACGAUUAUCACAAAUGUUUGAUCGUCAUAAACAACAUGGCCGUCAUCAUCAUCAUCAUCAUAUGAAAACAAUACCUGGAUCACCUGGAUCACCGGGUUCAACAACAUCAAGACAACAUAUGAUGCCACAUCAAAGACGUUAUGCUGGACAAUUAUCACCAAUGACAGCAAGUCCACCAUCAAUUAUUAUAUCUGGAACGGAUGAUGAAAAUGAUGGUAAUAAUAGUGAUGACAAAAGUGUUGAUGAAUGUCAAACAGAAUCUAAAGAACAGCAAAAACAACAACCACAACAAAUUGAUAAUAAAUCAGAAAUGGAACAACAACAACAACAACAGCAACGUCGUUCAAGCCAAGAUGAUGACAAAUAUUUAAAUAUACGACGACAAAGUGAUCAAAAACAAUUUGGUAGUCUUUUAAGUGUUAUUGAACAUUUAUCUGAAGAUUUACAUCAACAUCAUCAACAACAAAAACAAAGACAUCGUCAUCGACGUAAUCAUCGUAGCCGUUCACGAUCACCGUUAGCUAUACAACAACAACGACGUGAAUCAAAUGAUGAUGAUUCAAAUGAACGCCGAAAAGAUUCUGAAUCAUCGGCCGAUCAACAAUUCUAUUAUCAAGAUCAUGGUUAUCAAAAUGAUUUUUAUCACCAUCAUCAUCAAGAUGAAUACUUUUAUCGUUAA